CCAACAUAGAUAUAUUAUUACUGAUUUCUAGAGGUAUAUUAGUGAAGAGCAGUUUUAGCAGACUUGCAGUGACUGAGUUUUCAAUUCAAAAAAACAAAAAACAAACCUACCAUGAAUAAUAAACUGCCGCAUUUUCAUCUAACCCACUGAUUUUCAUGCACACACGUUGAUACACCUUUCUAUUUUCUUUAUUUUUUUUUCUCUCUCUAUAUUAUUCUGUAAUUUAACUCCAUGGGUUGUUUCAAGAAACUGAAACAGGAGUAAAGUGUGGAAAAAAGAGAGAAAAAAGGGCUAAAAGUGUAGUGGGUUGAGAAAAAGGACAAAAACCCACUACGGGGUAGAGUUAAAAAAGUAGGAAUAGGUGCACUAGAAGUGUGAAUUAGACUUUAUUUUUUUGUUUUUAUUUUUAUGGGGUACAUUUUAAUAUUUUUUCUUUAACUUUUGAUUUGUGUGGGUCUUUGUCUGCAUGUAAGGCUUUGUGUCUUUAUGAUGCAAAGAAAUCAUUUUUGCUGAAAUAAAUAGAGUGUUGUAAGGAUUCACAAGAAACAGAAAAGAGGGGAAAUAAAGCAAAGGGGAGAGAAAGAAAAAAGAUGACCAAAGACUUAUAAGACCUUUUGUGUGACAUUUUUUGUUGCUUUUGUAAAUGUUUGGUUUUGAUGAUGACUAUUGAAGUCUCAUGUCGGUUCUUAGAUAUGAAGGAUUAAUUCUUUCUGAAAAAAAGUUGCUUUUUUCUUCCUUUGUGUGGUUAAAAAUUGAAUCUUGAGCUUUAGAGUUUGUGUUAAUGGUGGAUACAAGCUGAAAUUAAGAAGGAAGAUUUUUAUGCUGAGCAAGUUAUAAUGGCAGAUUAUAAUUCUUUACCAUCUCAAACAGACAACACUAGAAAAACAUGUUCCUCUUUUUUUGGUUCACCAAGGUUGUUCACUAGUAAGGGGUUUCCUGAUACUGAGUCUAUUAUGAGUCCAACUUCAAUUCUUGAUACUAAACCUUUUUCUGCUUUUAGAAACCCCUUUUGGUCUGAUUUAAACUCAAACACUCCAAAAUCCCCUAAACCUGAAAGUAGAGUUCAUUGCUCAAAAGGGGUUUGUCUUGGCCUUGUUGAUGCUUUGAUUGAUGAAAAAAGUGAUUCAAAAGAAUUGAAUCCAGUGAGCAGAAUGGUUGUUUUAGGCUCACAAUUGAAAAUUCAGAUCCCUACAUUGCCUCCUCCUUUUAAUUCCCCCACUGAUUCACCACCUUCACCAGGUGAUUUUGGUAUCAAGACUAGAAAUUCUCAAUUAGGUUCUUUAUCUCCUGUGAAGAAAUCUCCAUUUGGUUCUUCCAAUUCUAACAUGGAAAUCCCAAAUUCACCAGGGGCUUUUAGUAGUCUAUCUGCUGCUGAGAUGGAGCUUUCAGAGGAGUAUACUUGUGUGAUUUCAUAUGGUCCAAAUCCAAGAACUACUCACAUAUUUGAUGAUUGCAUUGUUGAGAGCUGUUGUGGUGUUGUUAAGUACUCUGAAUCAAGAAAAGAAAAUGAGUUUAUUAAUCCCAGUCCUCCAAUGAGCUAUCCAUCUGAGAAUUUUCUCAGCUUCUGUCACACUUGCAAGAAAAAUCUUGGAAUAGGGAAAGACAUUUACAUGUACAGAGGUGAGAAGGCAUUUUGCAGCAGUGAUUGCAGAUACAAAGAAAUGAUGUUGGAGGAGGGAAUGGAUAAAUCAGAGAUUGAUGAUGUAUUUGGUAUUAUUUCUUGAUAAUAACUGAGUCACUGAAUUGCUGAUGGCAAGUUUUGUCCUAGUAGCAACUUGCAAAAAUCAAGUGAAGGUAUUAAGACUAUUGCAGAUUCAAAAAUUAUUUUUUGUAAAUUGGAUAAUUGAAUCUGUUUGUUUAGAUGCAUCUGUCACCUUUUCUUUUUUUUUUUGGUUCAGGGGUAAGAAAAUGUCUUUGUUGAGGAACAGGAAGGCUAAUGAGAUAAUAUUUUAAGUGAUUGAUGAAAUUUUUAUUUUGAAGAAAAAAACGUAGUAGGUGUUUAUGGUGUCUGACACUACUUUGGAUGCUUUUUGAAAUUUAUGAUAUAAAUGAUGUUGAUUGAUGUUAAAGUAAAGCUGAUGGCAUUAUCUUUAA